UGCUUUCGACAGUUCGUGGUGAACGGACGGAUUCUGUGGAAGGAAAAUAUGGAAAAUAUUGAUUAAAUAUCUCCCAAAAAGUGAUUUAUUCAAUGAAAAUGACACUUCCUGCGGAUUCCCUGUGAUCCCUGAGAUUGCAAACUACUCAUCCCGGUGCACAGUGUUGUGUGUUCUCUGGGUAUUUGUGGGGAGAAAAAUGUGGGUAGAUCCGGACAGUUGGGGUCCCACGGUGUAAACAAGUGCGCUCUCCUGGCUGGAGGACACGAAGAAAAAAGAGAAGCCCAUAAGCGUGUAGAGAAAAACAAGAUGAUUAUCACCUCUCACCAGAUCGUGACUCAUUAUCGCAAUGUGUCAAUCACAAAUGGAAGAUGGAGACUCUUCAUCUAAUAAUUGACCCAUCUUCAAAUCACGAAGGCAACGUGAUAUAAAAAAAAUAUCAAACUAUUGCUCAUCUCACAAGCCGCCCUGUGAAAUUGAGCAAUAAAAAAGCAAAGUUAAAAAAGUAAUUUUGUAAAAUUACUUGCAACAUUUCAAGUUGAAAAAAAAUUGAUAAAAAAGAAAUACAAAUAAAAGUGUUUGGGGCCAAUGUUCUGCCGCCUGAUCAAACAUGGAAAUUUUCUGCUUAUAUCGAAAUAAACGUUAACCCAUUAGGUUUUUCUGUCUCCUUGAAAAAAAAGCACACCAGUGUGUACGAAGAUAGCGCUGUGAGAACCAUGAGAGGCAGAAGAAUUCAAAUACCUCUACCAAAUACGGGGACAAUGUCACGAAGACGAAGUUCUUUUUGCCUGAGAACAUCUCUGGUCAUCUUUCUUGUUCUUUUCAUAUUUCUACAGUUACACAUUAUGAGCUACUCCGAUCCACGAGAAGGUCACAUCGGUGACGUGACAAAUGAUUCAACAGCUGCUAUUCUAUCAAUGGUACCCCCAGUUCUUCAUAAGUUCUUAACAGUUAAGGCAAAAAAUGUCAGUCACGACCACAAUGGCUCAGCGACGAAUGGUGGUGAAAUGCAAUUUCAUAAUCCCAACAUCAGUGAAAUGAAACGAGCUAUUUAUCGAUACAAUGAAAUGCAAAAUGUCAUUAAUGAGGACAUUUUUGGACCCCUACAAAAUGAUUCUGUGAUAAUAGUUGUACAGGUUCACAAGCGCAUAACGUACUUACGGCAUUUAAUUGUAAGUCUAGCACAAGCACGUGACAUCUCAAAGGCACUCUUAAUCUUUUCUCACGACCACUAUGACGAGGACAUAAAUGAGCUGGUACAGAGUGUUGAUUUUUGUAAAGUGAUGCAGAUUUUUUAUCCGUACUCCAUCCAAACACACCCCAAUGAAUUUCCGGGGGCUGAUCCACGAGAUUGUCCGAGGGAUAUGAAGAAAGAGCAGGCUCUUAUCAAAAAGUGUAACAAUGCGCUGUAUCCGGAUCUCUAUGGGCACUAUCGUGAAGCAAAGUUUACCCAGACAAAGCAUCAUUGGUGGUGGAAGGCCAACAGAGUAUUCAAUGAAUUGGAAGUUACACGUUUCCAUUCAGGUUUAGUUGUAUUUUUGGAAGAAGAUCACUAUGUAGCUGAAGACUUUCUCUAUCUGUUGGGCUUAAUGCAGAAAAGAUCCCAUGAUCUCUGUCCUAAAUGCAAUAUUCUGUCUCUGGGGACGUAUCUAAAGACUUUUAAUUAUUACACAUACAGUAAUAAUAAGAGCAACAAAAAAGCUUUUUUUGGGCAAUCACGUGCUGCGGCUGCUUCCAAUUCAAAUGCAAUGGGUCCUAAUUCACAUACUAACAACAAUGCAAAUACUUAUCACGGUGGUGGAGGAAUUUUAAUGGAAAGUAUUCCUGUCACCACAACUGAGAAAUAUUCGGCACAGUGGGGAUAUCAAGUACUACCAUCUCUGUACUCUAUCUAUCAAAAGGUUGAAGUAACCCCAUGGAUAUCCAGCAAACACAACAUGGGGAUGGCAUUCAAUCGGACCACAUGGAAGGAAAUUAUAAAGUGUGCAGAACAUUUUUGUUCAUACGAUGACUACAACUGGGAUUGGUCGCUCCAGCACGUUUCGCAGCAUUGUCUCAAACAGAGACUGCAUGUGAUGGUCGUCAAGGGGCCGAGAGUUUUUCACAUUGGUGAAUGUGGUGUUCACCACAAAAAGAACAACUGUGAGUCCAACCAGGUGAUAUCAAAAGUGCAAAAGGUGCUUCACAUUGCCACAAAGGCGAGUCAGCUCUUCCCAAAAACCAUCACGCUCACCGUGGCGAGUGUUGUGCAGAAGACAAAGCUGCGAAAGGGCAAUGGGGGUUGGGGCGAUAAGAGGGAUCAUAUUCUCUGUCUCAAUAUGACACUGUCCGGGAGAUAAUUUACAAUACAACAAACAUACAGAAAUAUUCAUCACAUUUUACCAUUUUUUUCUUUCUAAAUUUUAAUUCUGAAAAUUAAUAUUAAAGAAUAAGAAAUAAGAAAAGAUAAGAAAAAAAAGUUGUGCUGUGUGAAAUUUAUCCUCAUCUUUCUGCCAUAUUUUUGCUCUUUUUUUGGUAGAGCAAAAACAAAAAAAAGAAAAGAAAGGAAAAUGGUGAGGAUUUCUUUUUCUAAUAAGUAGUUGUAAUAACCGCGUAAAUUUAUAUAGGUAUAGUUAAGAAUACCUACAUUUAAAAGAAUUUCUUUUUUUUUUUAAUUCUUGCGCUGAUGAAGAUAAAAGACCUAAAACAUCACGUUUUUAAGGCCUCAAAGGCAUUAAUUUCUGUGUCUAUUUAAUAAUAUUUCUUCUCCUUUUAUCUGUAUUCUUUUUCUUAAAUCAUUAUAUUUCAUCUUUGAAAAUUUAUUAACUUUGAAUUUGUGAUAAUAACAUUAAAUGUUUAAAAUGAAAGUAUAAGUAUUACUUUUAUGAAAAGAAAAUAGAAAAAAAAAGUAUAAUGAGUUUUAGGGGUGGAUUUUGGUGGAAAAUAUUUUAUUUUAUUCUCUUAGACUUUGAGAUUAUUUUGUGAAAAAGAACUGAAAGAUUGGAUAAAACUCACAAAUUGUAAGACAAUAAAAUAUAAGUUCUCACAAAAUCCAUCUUUAGUUUAUCUAAGAAAACAAAAGUCUUGAAUAUGCUUUCUCCAAAAGAAUAUUUUAUUGAUAGAACAUUACCUACUAUUUCUCUUUUUUUGGCCUCAACUAUUAUGCUGUGUAAAAUAUCAAAUGUAUAUAUGUAAGUGGAAAGAAUAAGAAAUUUUCAUUCAUAUCUUGGGGGAUGCUGCUAAAAAAAAUCUAAAAUUCAUUUGAAAAAAAAAAAACAAACUUUUGGAAUAAAUAAAAAUUCAAUAAAUUGGAAGGAGUAAGUAAUCAAAAAAAAAAUCACGAUCAUCACCUAGAAAUUCUAGUCUUAUAUACUGUAGUAAUAUUAUUUUUCUAAUUUGUAAGAAUAAAAGAAAAAAAUUGAAUGAAAGAAAAGAAAAAUUGCGAAAACCACGGCGAAGAUAAAAAUAAGAAUUUAUUGCUCAAAAGUAGGGAAGGAAUUGAAUGGGGAAAAAUUUUCCUCCGUGGGUGCUAUAUGAAUGAAUUAUUUAAAUUUAUAUAAUACUAAAAGAGACAAAUAGGGUAAUUCAGUGGACAGUAAAAAGAAAUUCUUGCAGUCAGAACUUUCUUCAUGCAAAAAGAAAGGAAGAAAGAAAUUCAGGAGGUACCAUUUUGAAGACAAAGAACUAUCCCAUGACAAAAAUGUUUGAAUAAAUUAUAAAGUUUGAAUAAUUUUUCUCAUUAAUUGAAUUGAAAAGAAAAAAUUACUGGAAAUGUAAUAAAAAUUGAAUUACACUCAAAAUUAAUUUAAAUUGAAAAAUAUGAAAAAUUGCAAUAAUUGGAAGUUUAUCAAAUUACAAAUAAAUUAUAAUUUACGAGUAAUUAAUUUAUAAAUAAUUGUGCAAAAGCAAUCUCUUCUCUGGCAUGGAACAAGUGGAUUUUUUCAUUGAAUUAAUGCAGAGCAAUUUUUUAAUGGAAGUCAAAUGAAAAAAAUAUGGAAUUAUUAUUUAAAAUUAUUCAGAAGAUAAUUGAAAGGAAUAUCAGAUUUAAAUAAUUUUUUAACACUCUUUUUAUUAAUCAAAGAUUGAUGAGAAAAUUAAAGACGAAACUGCACUAGCUCGAAUAGAAAACAUCCUAAAUCCUUAUAAGGUCCUAAUUUUAAAUUUUAAAUUUUGAUUAUGAGAAAAAAAACUAUCUACUUUAUAAAUUUCAUUAAAAACAUUUUUAACAUGGUAUAGAAAAAUUAAAGUGAAAAAAUAAGAAAAACUCCAGAGACAAUGUUGUCUAGUCAGUCAAAAAUAAUUAAGAGUAUAAAAAUUAUCCCAAAAAAAUGCUAUGGAUUUAAUAUACAUAGUUCAUUGUCUUAUGUAUAAUUCUUUUUGUAAAAAGGAUGAGAAAGUAUAGAGAGAAAAAAAGUCCCAGUGAAAAUAAAAAUAAAAAAAUACAACAUUUGAAGAGAA